CUCACACACUCUCUCUCUGAAAUCCAUAGUUCCAAAAUCAGACUGGAGUGGACGACGACGAUGACAUCGAAGCGAGAGUGGUCACUGGGAGAAUUCGAGAUCGGGAAGCCUCUGGGCAGAGGGAAGUUCGGUCGGGUCUACCUCGCCCGAGAAGUCAAGAGCAAAUUCAUUGUGGCGCUGAAGUUGAUAUACAAGGCACAGAUAGAGAAGUAUCAGCUUCAUCAUCAGUUGAGGAGAGAAAUGGAGAUUCAGACGAGUCUUAGGCACCCGAACAUUCUACGCCUCUAUGGUUGGUUUCAUGAUAAUGACCGGGUUUUCUUGAUACUUGAGUAUGCUCAUGGCGGCGAGCUGUACAAGAAGUUGAAGAAACAGGGUUAUCUGACUGAGAAUCAGGCUGCUACUUACAUUGCCAGUCUUGCUCAAGCCUUGGCUUACUGUCACGAGAAGCAUGUUAUCCAUCGGGACAUUAAGCCGGAAAACUUGCUGCUUGAUCAUGAGGGUCGACUAAAGAUAGCAGAUUUUGGGUGGUCUGUGCAAUCAAGAAGCAAACGGCACACCAUGUGUGGAACUUUGGACUAUUUGGCACCAGAAAUGGUGGAGCAUAAAGCUCACGAUUACGCAGUCGAUAACUGGACUUUGGGCGUCCUUUGCUACGAGUUCCUCUAUGGUGUUCCUCCAUUCGAGGCUGAAAGCCAGAGCGAUACUUUUAGAAGGAUUAUGAAGGUUGAUCUCAACUUCCCUCCGGUUCCUCAAGUUUCUUCUGAAGCAAAAGAUCUUAUUUGCCAGCUUUUAGUCAGGGACCCAUCGAAGAGGCUCUCUCUUCAGAAGAUAAUGGACCACCCCUGGAUUAUCGAGAAUGCAAAUCCAAAGGGUAUCUGUAGUUAGCAUCAUUCUCCAGCUCCCGAACCAAGUGACUAGGCCAUUCAGUACUGAUAUCCAGAUUGACGAGAGGACUAUCUGCAGUAACGGUCUCAAGCUUGCACAUUAUCCCUCAUAUAGGAUGCCGACUUUCUAAACCUCGUGGACCGGAGCAUUCAUCAUGCAUAUGCAAGAUUGAUCCGAAGCAAUGUUUAUAUUUCUGAUUGCCUGGAAGCAUUUCGCUUCAUGUUUGUCUCAUGUAGCUUUUCGAUCAAAGAAUGAGUGCAAAAGCUUUGGGUUACUCGUCGUUACCGUUGUUCGUGACUUCAUAAUUUGUGAUAUUUGUUAUGAUCU